GUCCACAGAGUCUGGUCAUCCCCUGUACUGUCCUCAGUCUCUGGUCAUCUCCUGUACUGUGUCCGCAGUCUCUGGUCAUCCCCUGUACUGUCCGCAGUCUCUGGUUAUCCCCUGUACUGUCCGCAGUCUCUGGUCCAUCUCCUGUACUAUGUCCGCAGUCUCUGGUCAUCUCCUGUACUGUGUACGCAGUCUCUGGUCAUCUCCUGUACUAUGACCGCAGUCUCUGGUCAUCUCCUGUACUGUGUCCGCAGUGUCUGGUCAUCUCCUGUACUAUGUCUGCAGUAUCUGGCCAUCUCCUGUAGUAUGUCCGCAGUCUCUGGUCCAUCUCCUGUACUGUGUCCGCAGUCUCUGAUCAUCUCCUGUACUAUGUCCGCAGUCUCUGGUCCUUCUCCUGUACUGUGUCCGCAGUCUCUGGUCCUUCUCCUGUACUGUGUCCGCAGUCUCUGGUCAUCUCUUGUACUGUCUGCAGUCUCUGGUCAUCUCCUGUACUGUGUCCGCAGUCUCUGGUCAUCUCCUGUACUAUUCCGCAGUCUCUGGUCCUUCUCCUGUACUGUCUGCAGUCUCUGGUAAUCUCUUGUACUGUGUCCGCAGUCUUUGGUCAUCUCCUG